CAGAAAUGAACCGGGCUUUCGAUUUUCUCAGCCCUGUGAUGCUCCUGCUCCUGCUCCUCCUCUCAUGGUCGGGAGUAGCCCUAUCCCCCGUGAAAUGCCCCAAUUGCGGCAGCACUCCGGUGCCUCUCCCACUGAGCACCGGCGCCGACUGCGGCGAUCAGCUCUACAAGAUCCGUUGCAACAAUAGUGAGCUCUUUUUCGAUACGCUCAAUAACACCUACAGGAUCUCCUCCAUCACACCCGAAUCCCAACGAAUAACGAUUGAGCCCGCACCUUUCUUGCCCAACACAUCGUCACCAGGAACCACCUGCGUGACGGAGGAUAUCUCAACAGGCGGAAUCCAACUCAAUUCCUCCCUUCCUUUCAAUAUUACUAGCAGCAACACCGUUUUGCUCCUCAAUUGUACGGACCGCUUGUUCCAAUCCCCGCUGGAUUGUUCCAACAGCACCGGUCUCUGCCACACUUACAUCAAUGCAAGCCGUGACUCUGCUGGCGGGUGUGCAGGCGCCCCUAUCUGCUGUAGUUUUAGAACCGGCGGGUCAACAACAGCGUACAGGAUCCGGAUUAGGGAAGAGGGUUGUAGUGGGUACCGGGUUUUUGUGAACUUGAAUGAGCUUUUGCCCGUCCUGAAUUGGCCCAAACCCGCCCUCGAAUUGGAAUGGAAGUUGCCGGCGGUUAAGUCAGGUGAAUCUACGGAUUGAGACCACCAUAUUCAAUAAUACAUCUUCAUUCAACGUUACAAUCACAUGAAACAUCAAUAUUUAAAUAUUAAUUAAAACUGAAACUAAAGAAAAAAAUCGGUUUGUUCAAUACAUAAUUAGAAUAUGUUAAUAUGAUUCUAAUAGAUCAACGAAGAUGCUUGUAGAUGCCCAAAGUGACCAAAAUUGAUAGCCAGCUUCAAGUAAUUCAAUCCUGAAAAAUUAUUUAAAAUUGAGUUAAUCGACAUUAAAUAAAACAGUGGUAGUAAGAUUAUUGUAACUGAUUGUCACAACGACAUAUUUGAUUUAAUGUGAAUAUUGUCACGGACUUGUUCUCUUAACAAGCUCAUGUGCGGCCUUAGCUCCUUUUUGCCCCUCACGAUAGCUAAGUCAGCAUCAACCAACGCCUUAGAGUAUCUCCAAUGCUAUAAUGUCCACGGUGCACAUGUGGCAUGAGUGAUAGCCACAUAAAUAUUAGCAAAUAAAUUAUGUCUCUCCUUAUUUGAAUGAUUUUAUACAAUUUUGGUAAGUUUUUCCCUGCAAUGUCAACAACAAUGUCAACAUCUAGACGAUCUCCUUGACAGUGUGGAGAAAAACUUACCAAAACUGUAUAAAAUCAUUCAAAUAAGGAGAGAAAGAAUUUAUUUACUAAUAUUUAUGUGGCUAUUUUUCAUGCCACGUGUGCACCGUGCACAUUUUACCAUUGGAGAUGCUCUUAGUGUGGUGUGUGUGCUAAGUGCUUGGCUAGGAAAGGUAGUAAAGACAAGUGGUCCCUUAGAGAAAACUUAACCCUUUAUUGAAUGCUUGGAAACUUCGAAUGUGUAGCUUGUGUACAAAUGAACCACCUUGAGGGGUAUUUAUACUUGCCUCCUCCUCAAUGGAUGGUAAAGAUCUAUUUGAUCUAACGGCUAAGAUUUAUCUCUAGAAUAUUCUAUACAUCUCUAUGAUAUUCUAGAGUAUUCUAUACAAGUGUAUAUCUAUCUACAUGAGUCUAGAGUGUUCUCUUAACCUCUGGAAUUCUGUCCCUUUCUCCUUGGUUAUUCUAGACUCCAGCAGUGGGCUUGGUCACAAAUUAUGCCGCGGCACAAUUAUCUGUCAUGCUGCGGCGUAUCAGCCUUUUAUGCCGCGGCGUAACUGCUGAAUGUGGGAAACUCGUGACAAUAUACUUACAUGCUGGUUUAUGUGUUGUUCUAAAUGCUUCUUUAGUGUACUAGUCCCAUUCUUGGUCAACUCGAAAGCAAUUGGAAUACAGCAAUACUUGCAUGUAGAUGUUUGAAUGUGGCCAAGUUGUACCUCUACUCCAUUUUUAUUCUCUUUCAUCAAAGGCUUACUUUAUGUGUCAUAGUGUGCCCAUACACAUGUUCUCUUUUUUCUCUCCAUAACUCUAGGUGUCUUCCUCUUUUUUUACUUUACCUCCAGUGGCUCAUUGGGUAGAAUUGGCAUCCAUUUGAUCUGCAACAAACUCAUUAAAUACUCCCUCCGUACCGUUGGAAUGUUCCUGGUUUGACCUACACACAUAUUAAGAAAAUAAACUUACCAGGGGGUAAAUUUUACUGUUUGGACACUGUUUGACAUUGUUUGACACUGUUUUGCACUGUUUGACACUGUUUUGAUGUAGGAUGACUUUCAUUUAGAGAAAUGAGAACUUUCCAUUGGAACAUCCAAAAAAGGAAAGUGGGAACAUUCCAACGGGACGGAGGUAGUAAUAAUCAUCACAUUAGUAAAUGAAAAGGAUGAGAUAUACCUUGUUACCAAGUUCACCAAAGAUUUGUAGAAGAAAUGGAGGACAUAGUUUACAUUUCGAGAGUGUAAUUACCUCCUUUCAUUUUUCGAAGGAGAUAAUUAGUCUUGGGUGGCAUAAGUGGCAGGCACUAGGCUCAAUGACAAGAACUCAGUUUUCCGAUGGAUUGAACUUUUUUAUGGAAUCGGAAAGGUGAACAAGUAAGGACCUAUAAAUAGGUGGAAGUAAAAACGCAAAUUUAUAGACAUUUCCAGUUGCAAUGGCGACGCCGCGGCAUCCACUCUCCCUGAGAAGAUAGGCUGUCUCGGAUUCUUCGCUGCUGGCGACGGUGAUUAUAGGGUCGUGAGAAUUCUGCACGGCGGUUCUGUCGAGAUAUACUCACUAAACUCGGGGGAAUGGGGGGUUCUGAUGUUUGAACAUGACUUGCUUACAAGAAGGGUACUUCAGAGUGGGCAGGCAUUUGUGGAAGGUAGGCUUGGACAGGAAGAUGACGGAGAGGAACUCGAAGUACCAUGACUUCAUUUAACGUUAAUGAAGAGACGUUUGAAGAAGUGUUACUCCUUAUACCUCACCACUCCAAAUGGUCAUCACCACUCCAAAUGGUCUAAGAGUUGUUCUCAUUAGAACCACUCCAUAUAUAUAUACACACUUUUUUCAUAUGUAGUGCUCUUAGAUAUAAGAAAAGUGGACUAAUAAUUGAACGGAAUAUUUCCUCUCUCAUAUGUAGUGUUUUUAAGUAUUAGAUAAGUGGACUAAUAAUUGAGUGAAUAAAUUUUCUCUUCAUACGUAGUGCUUUUAAGUAGAAAAAUAAAAAUAAGAUAAGCGGAGUAAAAAGUGUGCGGGCGAAUUUUACUCUCAUAUGUAGUGCUUUUAGAUGUAAGAUAUAAGAUAAAGAAACUAAUAAUUGAUCAGAGGGAUUCCCCUCUCAUACUUUCUUUCUCAUGACCUUUUAAAUUUCUGAGAACACAUUUUCCUACAAUUAUCACCUACGUUAUGACAAUAAUAAAUUUCAAGCUCUAUCACUGGAAAAAGAUGUAAUAUUCAUGCCUAGACGUUAUUGGUCAUAAAAAGAUUUAUAUAUGUAAUGU